AUCCAGCAUCACUGUGGGUGAAGUCAUGGGAUGAAGGACAUCUGUACAUCACUGCAGCAAGAGAAAAGCCUUUUGACUGUGACUGAAUCAUUGGAAAGGAUGAAGUGUACCGUGGUCUUUCUGGUGUUGUCCAUGGUCGUCCUCAUGGCUGAACCUGGAGAGAGUUUUGUGGGACUGAUUGUUAAAGGAGCGUUUCACGCCGGCAAGUGGAUCCAUCGGCUUGUCAGAAAACACCGCGGAAGGGGAUUCGAGCAAGAGCAGCUGGAUAAACGUUCAUUUGAUUACAACGCAGGGCGUCCGCGUUUUGACUAGACUGGAGCCUCUGUGUUUUGGAUAAAAAGAAAAGCUUUUUGCUCUUUAAACACAAGUUUAAAAUAAGUAUCUACCCACCAGAGCAACAAUCGCAUCAAAAUAUGUUUACAUUGAGUUGAUUCAGGAAUACUGACUUAACUUUGGAAACAUUGUCAUUUGGAAUAAAUCU